AUGCGCUAUUUAUUAAUUUAUCAUAAUAUUGUUGUCUCUUAUUGUAUCUGUUUCAGAAUAUACGUCAGUCCUCUUUUUCCAAAAUCUUCAUCAGCUAAAAGCCAAUCUGAUUCUGAUGAUAAAUCAGACUCCUGUACUCAUUUCAAACGCGACCUCAUUGAGUAUUUGUGUCAGUAUCAAAAUCGAAAUCUGGCCCAUUGGAUCGAGGUUGUCCGCGAACAUGACAUGUCUUCUGCUAAGGUGUAUAUCGUUGCCUCCGUGCCUGGCCGUCACACAGGUGAAAACAUACAUCGAUGGGGUCACAUGAAGCUUCGGAGCCUGCUGAAAAUACAUCUAGAAAAUUCAGAAGUGAAUGAGUGGCCAUUGAUUUGCCAGUUCAGCAGCAUUGGUUCCUUGGGUGCGUCUCCGCACAAUUGGUUGCUUGGAGAAUUUCUUUCCAGCAUGACUUCUUCUACUUCCAAGUCUACCAUUUCAUCUUCGAAGCUCAAACUGAUUUUUCCUUCGGUGGAAAACGUAAGAAACAGCCUUGAAGGAUAUGCUGCCGGAAGUUCUUUACCUUAUAAUAGUCGAGUAGCCGAAAGGCAGCCUUAUUUGCGCAGAUAUCUCAAUCAGUGGAAAUGUAGCAAAUUCAACAGAGAUUUGGCUUCGCCUCACAUCAAGACAUACCUCCGUUACAACCCUUUAUGUACUCGCGUUGCCUGGAUGCUCUUAACAAGCGCGAACUUGUCGAAAGCGGCUUGGGGUGUCUUUGAGAAAAACGGAUCUCAGUUGAUGAUUCGUUCGUACGAACUUGGCAUACUGUUUCUACCUCAUCAGUUUGUAAUGAUUUCUAUUUUAUAUCAACUUUUACUUAUUAUUUCUUUUAUAGAACCUGUCAAGUUUUGGAAUAAGAACUGACG